AUGUCGGACGAGGAGAGGGCGCGAUACCUCCAGCACAGAGCCGACAUGGAGGAGGAGGCGCGUCGAAGGAAACGGGAACUGAUUGCCAGGUUCAUCAAGAACAAAUUAGAUAAAGAAGAAGCGUACAGUCGCAUGAAUAGAGCAAAGAUUAACCAAGAAUGGCGUUACAUACUGCGAAGAAUAAAAUGCAAACAAAUGGAGGCUGACAUUCAGGUGGGACAUUUGUUACGCUUACCUAAUCAGAUUUCAUUAAUGUACUUAAAUUUUGUCCGCAACUUUGAGUAG